AAGGGGUCUUCUUGAGAAGAAGCAUAUUCUCAUGGAACUUUGUACAAUGGGAAGGUACAAGGCAUUGAGAAUAAUUGGGGUUCUGAUAUUGCUUUCCUCGGCCUCAUUUGUAUGUGCAUUCAUAGAAUGUUCCACGGUGACUCAACUUUUCUCUGCGUGUUCCAUCUUUGUAACCUAUGGCUCCCCAGACCCCAUUCCAGGGUCCCCUUGUUGUGAUGCUUUGUCUGGCUUGAACAUCAUUUCUAACUCGGGUGAUAAUAAACAAUAUGUUUGUAAAUGCUUAAUGGGCAUGAUUGACACUUACAACCCAAACGCCACAGCUAUAGGUACCUUGCCAGGUUUAUGUGGUAUCUCUUUGGGCUUCACUAUUGAUCCCAAUACAGAUUGUACUUUGUAAGUCU